GUUGUUUUAUUUGAAUUUGAAACCAAAAAAAAGGAGUUAAAAUGUUUUUGUUGAGAUUCCGUUUCGUUUCUGUGAAAUCCCCUCCUGCGCCUGCAGUUGGCCUCCUGCCCGGUAGGGGGCGGUACUUCCGCCGGUGCUGUCCGUCAGUCUGAGGUGAAAAGAAGGAGCAGAGGGAGUCACCGCGGAGAGAAACAGGAAGAAGGAGACGAAAUCAGCCUACAAUGACUUCGACCAGGAGAUUGUGUAAGGAACUUGAAGACAUCCGGAAGUCUGGAAUGAAGCAUUUCCGCAACAUCCAGGCGGACGAAGCAAACAUCUUGACCUGGCAAGGACUCAUCGUUCCCGACUGUCCUCCUUACGACAAAGGAGCGUUCCGGAUCGAGAUCAUCUUCCCCGCAGAGUACCCCUUCAAGCCCCCAAAGAUCUCCUUCAAGACCAAGAUCUACCACCCCAACAUCGACGAGAAGGGCCAGGUGUGCCUGCCCAUCAUCAGCGUGGAGAACUGGAAGCCCGCCACCAGGACCCUCCAAGUGAUCCAGUGUCUCAUCGCCCUGGUGAACACCCCCCAGCCCGAGCACCCGCUCCGGACCGACCUGGCAGAGGAGUACACCAAAGACCGCGCCAAGUUCAUGAAGAACGCCGAGGAAUUCACAAAGAAACACAGCGAGAAGCGACCCGUGGACUGACACGCCCCCGUCUCUGUUCUCCCCCCGCGUCCCACAGAGAUGCCCCGUUCUGGUGUUCCUGCAUCGUUUAGCACUCGCGUCGAUAAUAGAGGCUUUUGUUUCUGUUUGCCACAAAAAAAAAGCAGGACUUUUUGGUGAGUAGCCGGCUCUGGCCUCUAGGUGUCACCCUUAGUGGUUUUUGACUUCUUUCUACUGAUUUGUUUUUAGAAAAAACCCCAGAAAACAGUCCGAGGUGGCAUCAUAGAAAGUCCAUUAAAAGAAAAAACCUUGUUCUGCUUCUGUAAAUGUUGAAUCUCUUCUGGGAGGAACCGGCCGGUUCCUGUGGAGCCGUGAACGCCGCGCGGCGCCUUGGUUCUGUUCGGUUCCAGCUGGUUUCCGUCAACAGAGAAACGACAUGCAAACAUAUCCAAAUGUUACGCUCAGAGUUUUUUUUCUUUUUUUGUAUUUUAAAGAAAAUAUUCCUCUAAUUAAAAUUCUUCCACCUCC